AUGGCAGGGCCUGGAAUGCCGCAGGCCACUGACUUUUCGCGAACGAAACGUGAGUCACGGGGACGGCUGGGGCGGUGGAUCAUUCUCCUGGACUCCUGGCCUAUGUGUCCCGCUGUGGAGCUCUACUACGACAGCGGCGUGCGCAGCGGCCGCGACGUGGCGAAGGCCUUGUGCCUGGGCGCCCGCGGGGUGGGCAUCGGACGGCCGUACUACUGGGCCGCCGCCUGCGGCGGCGAGGAAGGCAUCGUGCAGCUGGUGCAGCAGCUGACGGCGGAACUGAAACUCUGCAUGCAGCAACUGGGCGUCAGCCAGCUGCGACAGCUCAAUCCCAGGCUUUUGGCCUGGGAUCGGCUGCAGUCCAACCUCUGA